AUGGGGCUCUUCCCUGCAGGUGCUUCUCCAGCCUCGGCCAGUGCCCCUGCUGCAAACCCAGCGCCUCCUCCCCGGGCGCUGGGACCACCCCCCCUGGGGCCCAUCAGCCUCGCCCUGCGGGCAGAGAGCAGGGGGCCGAGCUCUGGGGCUGGCCCGGAGGAGUGCAGCGUGCCCGCCCAGGCCGUCCUGGCCCCGCUCUGGGAGGCCCUGGACACCUGCCGCCCCACAAUGCAGAAACAAGUGUGUGAUGACAUUGGGCGGCGGCUGACGGUUCUGGGGGAUGCAUGGGCUCAGGGGAAGCUGUCAGCCCCAGUGAGGAAGAGGAUGAGCCUCCUGGUAAAAGAGCUUCAGCAACAGCACUGGGAUAUGGCUGAUGAGAUCCACCGAUCACUCAUGGUGGACCACGUGAAUGAGGUGAGCCAGUGGCUGGGGGGGGGGUGGAGGGAACCCCAGCAGCAGGCACACAACCCACCUCUCCUGCAGGAGAUAGCCUCUGAGGGGUGCUAG